GCAUCUGGGGAAAAUAAAGCCCUACUGCCUCGGUGGAGCGGUGGAGUGCGGUCUUCCUCCUUGCUUUUUGGCGGAGUGGCUAAAGUAAACCAUGGCUAGUAAUCACAAACCUCCAACUGCUCGCCCAGUAUCCCGAGGUGGAAUUGGGUUGACAGGACGGCCUCCUUCUGGAAUGCGACCCCCAUCAGGAAGUGUUCGAGUGGCUACUGGAAUACCACCUGGAACGGCAAGACCGGGAUCUCGAGGCGGUUCCAUAGGGACAGGAGGAGUUCUUUCUUCUCAAAUCAAAGUUGCUGAUCGUCCUGUAACACAACAAGGUUUGAGUGGAAUGAAAACUGGAAUGAAAGGUCCUCAGAGGCAAAUUUUAGACAAGUCUUACUAUCUUGGCAUUCUUAGAAGUAAAAUAAAUGAAUUUACAACAGAAAUUAAUAAACUUCAGAAAGAAAAAGAAAUGUAUAAUCAAGAGAAUUCAGUGUAUUUGUCAUAUGAAAAGAGAGCUGAAUCUCUAGCUAUUGAAAUCAAAGAGCUUCAAGGACAACUGGCAGACUACAACAUGUUGGUAGAUAAACUUAAUACCAAUACUGAAAUGGAAGAAGUAAUGAAUGAUUACAAAGUGCUUAAAGCUCAAAAUGAUCGGGAAACACAAAGUAUGGACAUCAUAUUUACUGAAAGACAAGCAAAAGAAAAACAAAUUAGAGGUGUUGAAGAAGAAAUUGAACAAAAAAUGCAAGCAGCAGACUGCAUUAUAAAGAAUAUGCCACCUGAACAACAACUGAAAUACAUGGAAAUGAAAACCACAAAUGAAAAAUUAUUACAGGAAUUAGACACACUUCAGCAACAACUAGAUUCACUAAAUAUGAAAAAAGAGAGCAUGGAAUCUGAAAUAGCACACUCCCAAGUAAAACAAGAUGCUGUAUUGUUGUAUGAAAAACUUGAUGGAUUGGAAUCCCAUCGAGACCAAAUGAUUGAAGAAGACAAAAACAUGUUAUCACCAAAAGAAGAGAGAGAAAGAUUACUUAAGCAGGUCAAAGAAGAUAAUCAAGAAAUAGCCAGCAUGGACAGACAAUUAUCAGACAUAAGAGAAAAAAUUCAUCAUUUUAGUGAAGACAUCAGACAACUUGACAUGGAUUUAGAAGGACAUCAAGGUGAAAUGAAUCAGAGGUACAAGGAACUUAAAAAAAAGGAGGAAAAUAUGGAUACUUUUAUUGAGACGUUUGAUGAAACUAAGAAUCAGGAACUGGAAUGGAAAGUACAGUUAGAAGCCAGUAUUGUUGCACUUUUGGAGCAUUGUAGUAGAAACUUAAUUCGUAUGAAACAGAUAUCCUCUAUAACCAAUCAAGAGCUAAAGAUGAUGCAGGAUGACCUUACCAUUAAAUCUACUGAAAUGCAAAAAUCUCAAAGUACAGCUAGAAAUUUGACUUCAGAUAGUCAGCGUCUACAGUUGGAUCUACAGAAAAUGGAGCUUCUGGAAAGUAAGAUGACUGAGGAGCAACAAUCUCUAAGAAGUAAGAUUAAGCAAAUGACAGCUGAUCUGGAGACAUAUAAUGAUAUACCGACUUUAAAAUUAUCAGGCGAAGAAAAGAAAAAGAAAUUACAUCAGGAGAGAACAGUGUUAUCAGCGCGCAGAAAUGCCUUUAAAAAAAUAAUGGAGAAGCUAAACUUAGAGUACGAGACUCUAAAAACACAUUUACAAGAAAAUGAGACACAUUCUCAGCUUACAAAUUUGGAGAGGAAGUGGCAACACCAUGAGCAAAAUAAUUUUGUGAUGAAAGAAUUCAUAGCAACCAAGAGUCAAGAGAGUGAUUACCAACCAAUUAAGAAGAAUGUGGCCAAGCAGAUUGCAGAGUACAAUAAAACUAUUGUGGAUGCUCUACAAGCAUAAAAUGAAUCUGAGCCAAUAGUGAGGCUCAACACCAUCUUUCUGCUAAACUUUCUACAAGCUGACUGAAAAAUUAGCUUACCCUUGAAGAAUUUCCUUGUUCUUUGAAAAGUGAUAUUUUAAGUAGUGUGAUAGUUCAAGAAAGUUUGCCUAUAAAAAAUGUAUUACCUAUCUUUUGUUUUUAGUUUCUUGUUUUGGAGAUUUAAUAUAAUCCUGGAGUUGGAGUUGUGGUGCAAGCAUUGGGGCAUUUGCCUUGCACACACUAACCUAGGACGGAUUGUGG